CUCUCGCGCCCGCCAUUUCCUCUGAGGUCUUGGGGGUGAGAGAAGAUCCUCCAAAAUUAGCACUGUUCCUGCCGAAGCCAACCGUCGACAAGCUUCUCUCUCUUCCCUUAUCGCCCCAUGGAGUUUCUAAUCUCUUUCUGGCCACCCUGAACGAAUACCAUCUUCACUUUCAACCCUUUCAGAAGCACAUGUUGAAGGCGCAUUCUAGGGUUUGAACGCCCUAGAACUCGUUUCGGUUCUUCCUACAGUUUUUCAUGCGACUUAUCCGUCACAUGAGAAGGACCGGGACGAGUGGUUUCGCCCUCUAUUAUUAAUUCAAUUGAUGCCCCCUUGAUUCCCAUGAGUUCGAAAAUGUCAGCAAACAUGGCUUCGAAGGGGGUUGAAAAUAUGAGUUUACUUCCUGUUAAACACCGGCUCAUAGAUUACUUCACUAUAACUUUGUAUAUUCGUAAUCUUGUAUCGAAGAAAAGGAGGAGAAUGCUUGUUGGUGGUUAUGAUCUUGACAUGUCAUAUAUCACAAACCGUGUCUUGGCAAUGUCAUUUCCUGCAGAGCGCAUACGGUCAGUCUAUCGUAAUCCUCUCUGGCAGGUGAAGUCUGUGCUGGACAUGGAACAUCAUAGCCAUUAUAAGGUGUACAAUUUGUGUAUUGAAGAGACGUAUGAUCCAUCCCAUUUUCAUGGCCUAAUGGAGAGAUUUCCGUUUGACGACAACCACGUCCCACCUCUCCCAAUGAUGAAACAAUUCUGUGAAAGUGUGAAUUCAUGGCUUUCAAAUGAUCCCAAAAACAUUGUUGUUAUACACUGCAUGGCAGGGAAAGGUCGGACAGGACUUAUGGUAUGUGCCUACCUUGUUUACACUGGCUUGUCUGCAGAGGAGGCUCUCCAGUUGUAUGCACAUAAACGUACAACCAAUAAUGAAGGUGUUUCUAUCCCAAGCCAGCGUCGGUAUGUAGGUUAUUGGGAGCAAGUACUUAAAUUUCCCAAGGGAGUUGACAAUGGCCUUCCAGUGGUGGAAUUGCCUCAACCAUGUAGUAGAGAACUGCUUCGAAUCAGACUUUAUGAUACAACCAAUAUAGAUGCCAUCUACUUUGUGGCCUCGGAGUUGCAAGAGAUUCCUGGUGAGCGAUAUCGUCCAUCUGUUGAAAUGGUCAAGAAUUGCUGUAGACCUGUCAAGAAAGGGAGCAGCCCUAGGUACCACAUUUCCUUUAUUCAGCAAGGUGAAGAAGAUAGCAAUGCAAAGGAAAUGGAGGAACCUCGUCGCGUAGUCCAAAUGGAAACGGAGCAUCAUGUCUUCCACCAGAGGACCUGCCUCGAGUGCUCUUUUGAGAAACCGAUAAAGGUUAGUGGAGAUGUACGAGUUAUAUUUUACGAGAAGUUGAUUGGAGGGCGUCUUUUCUAUGCUUGCUUCAACACAGGCUUUAUAACAAAUAGCUUACUACAGUUUUCUGUGAAGGAUUUGGAUAAAAUUGGGAAAAGAGGUCAAUCUAUUUCUGGGCCUGCAUUUUGUGUAGAGCUUCUAUUUGGUCCGGCUAACUCGAGUGGAAUGAUUGCAGUUCCAUCCGAAGAAGAUUGGAUUUAAGUUGUAUUUUUUGUUACCAUGGUUGGUUUGCCAGAAGAAAAUACUAAUAAUAAUUUGAUGCAAAAGUCUCAAAUGUAGUAUUAUUAUUAUUACAUCUAUUGUGGAGGAUUUCAUUUUCUCCCUAACUGUAUAUUCUUUCAAAAAAACAAA